AUGUCUGUUCCUAAAAACUACAGAGAGUCCUCUGAUGAUGGCAUUCUGACGGCGUUGCUGUUCGGGCCACUUAUUGCAUCUGCGCUGCUAUAUUCAUCUCUGCAACGGGCUUUCUCUCCUUCCAAUCAAGAUCUACUACCUACUGGAUGGCUUAUAGAACCUCCCAUCCAACUUCCUCGCCAAACCGACGCGAUCAAUAUCUUAGGCGCUCUAAUUGGCUCACGGUUCAAUAUAUUGGAUAUCUCGACUCUGUGUUCUACUCUCCUCCUCAUCCACGUUUGGUCAUCAUCUUGGCUAGAAGCACAACAUAGUCGUCGCGCUAACGCCCCUGAAGGCGAGCGAAGUUCUGUCCCUCGUAGCGAGGGAAGCAGGCUCUGGUAUUAUGUCCUGUUUACCAUCGGUGUAUCAUCCGUGGUGCUCGGCCUAAAUCUCUGGUUGGAAUCCGCAAAAAUAGGUCUAUGGCAGCACAUGAGCCAGUUCGAGCUGCUGGUAUGCAGCUUCUUCUAUCAAUUCACGCUUUACGCGGCGCUACGCCUUGCCCAUCGUGGCUUUACCAUUGGAGAAUUGGGUCUUGUGUGUUUCGGAGGCACUGCAUUGUUCAUGGAGUUACUCAAUAUCACCAUGGCACGCAUUUGGCCGGUCACUACACCAUACAUCAAGACCUACCGUCUGCCUACGCCACUCUUGGUAUUCCAGGUCGCCCUCAUUGCAGGAUCUUUUCUCACGGGGUUUAUGCUAUCUCCCUUCCUUAUCUUGUCUCGUCACAUUGCUCAACGCCCUGUACGCCGCCUCCGACGGCCGGAAGAGAAAUUACGCCAGCGGCGCCAACUUGCUCUUGGAUUUUAUGUCGGAACGGUCCUCAUCGUUGUGGGGCUCAUCGGUAUGUGGGCACGAUGGUGCCUUGGCGAUCGUGAUCCCUGGCUUUGGGCAGUGUUCUUUCUACUCGAAGGGCGCAGGAAAUGGAGUCGACCAGUGUUGCUAGCCUAUUGGGGACUGCUGGUGUCACUCAGUGUGGCUGGGUGGAAUAGACAACUCGCCCGAUCCCGCAGGUUUAAGCCUCGAAGCGCAACAUCUGACGGUGUCACUGCCUCCGAAACGAACACGACCAGCCAAGCUGAUAUAGCAUCCACGAAUGGAGCCAGUCCAGGGCCUUUGAGUCUCACCUUCCCCAAUCUGAAUGCCUUGCCCAACGCCUCUCAGGUCACCACGGAUCUUCUGGAUGCGGCCGACAAACAUGUUCCGACACUAAGCCUUAACGCAAGAAGGAAAUAUUUUCACGCAUUAGCCGUGGUCAUGUUCGUCCCAGGAGUUGCAAUCGACCCUGCUUUCACACAUUUAUCGCUGAGUGUCGCCUUCGCCGUCUUUACGUUCGCCGAGUAUAUCCGAUAUUUCGCGGUUUAUCCGUUCGGAGCUGCAAUCCAUGUGUUCAUGAACGAUUUCCUCGAUCACAAAGAUAGCGGGACGGCCAUCCUCAGCCACUUUUACCUUCUGACAGGAUGCGCUGGUUCUCUAUGGCUUGAGGGCCCAUCACACCUUUCACAAUUUACGGGCAUUUUGACUAUCGGCGUGGGCGACGCUCUAGCAUCCAUUAUCGGAAAGCGGUUUGGCACUCACCGGUGGUCGCCUACCUCGCCCAAAACAGUGGAAGGAAGCAUGGCACUCACCGUAUCAGUUGUUGCAAGUGCCUGGUUGCUUCGCAUUUUAGGACUGGUAGAACCCUUCUCUACCGUACAAUACGCGGCCACCGUAGCGAUUUCUUCAGUUCUAGAGGCCCUUUCUGUUCAGAAUGACAACCUUACUCUACCGUUGUUCAUGUGGAGUAUACUACAGUUUCUAGGGUAA